AGAUUGUCAUAUAUUUGCAGAAAGUGUCUUGUAUGGACAGUAUAUACUAUAAGUACAAUAUAAUAACAGAUUUCCAUGUUUCAAUGCAUAAAACACGAGUGUCGUUUUACAGAGUUUCGGCCAUUUUGAUAUGACGUCACAAGUGGAUAUACUCAAUUAUUUUCUAACCUCCGUUUGCAAGUAGAGAUCGAACGUCUUAGUGAAAAGUAGAAUUUCUCUCAGAUUUUCCUUGUUUUGAAAAUAAUUUUACACAUUACUCAGAUACGAAGAAAUAUCGUAUAUAUUACAAUAAAGGUGAUACUCUCUGCAGCGAUAAUGGCUGCAAAAAGAAAAGCAGUGCAAUUAAAAAAAUUACAAGCAAAAUCUGUUGUUGACGAAACAGUUCGAGAUAUAUAUGAUAAUGCGAUAAAUUCAGAAAAAAUAACACGUAAGGAUACUGGUAUUGUUUUUGAUAAUUCUAUGACUGAACAUAGAUGCUUAUGGGAUCCAUAUUAUCCUGAAUGUCCAGAAAGACUCUCAAAAAUUCUGGAUCGUUGUCACGAAUUAAAAUUAGUAAGCCGAUGUAAGAUCAUCAGGUCAAGACCGGCAGAAGAAGAAGAUUUAUUACUAAAGCACGAUAAAACACAAAUAGAAGUUCUUAAAUCAACUGAUGGAUUAAAAGAUAUAAAAAAAUUAGAGAAACUAUCCUCAAAAUACGAUGCGAUUUACGUUCAUCCCUCUACUUAUAGACAAUCACUGCGUGCCGUUGGAUCAACAAUAAAUCUUAUAGAGCACAUUUGCAAAGGAGAAAUUCAAAAUGGAAUGGCAAUUAUAAGACCUCCAGGUCACCAUGCAAUGAAAGCUGCAUAUUGUGGUUAUUGUUUUUUUAAUAAUGUUGCCAUUGCUUGUGAAAAAAUGCUAAUAAACAAUUUGGCCAAAAAGAUUUUAAUCGUUGAUUGGGACGUUCACCAUGGUCAAGCAUCUCAGCAAAUGUUUUACAACGAUCCAAGAGUUGUUUAUUUCUCAAUACAUCGAUAUGAACAUGGUGAUUUUUGGCCGAAUUUGAAAGAAUCUGAUUAUGAUUACACUGGAUGCAAUGCUGGAAAGGGCUUUAAUUUUAAUGUUCCUCUUAAUAAGAUUGGUAUGACCAACGCCGAUUACAUUGCUAUAUUUCAACAAGUUCUGCUACCAAUGGCCUAUGAGUUUCAACCGGAUCUUGUAGUUGUUUCAGCUGGUUAUGAUGCUGCGUUAGGUUGUCCAGAGGGCGAAAUGGAGAUUACUCCGGCCUGUUAUCCUCACUUAUUGUGGCCAUUACUUGGUUUGGCCAAUGGGAAAGUUGCUGUUAUUUUAGAGGGCGGCUAUUGUCUUGAGUCUUUAGCUGAAGGAGCUGCCUUAACUUUGCGGACUCUUCUAGGUGAUCCAUGUCCAAAUUUAAAUCCGCUGGAAGAUCCAUGUGAAAGCAUAUGUGAAACUAUCUUAAAUGUAAUAUAUACACACAAAGCGCACUGGAAGUGUUUUCAGUACCAAGAGUCAUAUAGUAUAAAGUUUCCAACAAGUCAUCAAGAGGAGAUCACAAAACAACAUGUUCCCGUAGUGCGUUUCAGGGCCAAAAUGAAGGAGCGUGGCGCGUAUGAAACCAGAGAUUGUUAUCCAGUGAUAAGCAAAGAAAAAAUGGAUGCCAUACAAAAUAAACUGACUGCUUUAAAACUUAGUACGAAUUUAAAGCAAUCCAAGUUUAAACUCAGCGUUGCCUAUGAUUCGCGAAUGUUAAGGCAUUAUAAUAUUUUAGACGCUUGCCACCCAGAAAAACCUGAAAGAAUCACUAAUAUUUUUGCAAAACUCGGAGAAUAUGGUGUACUCAAACGUUGCCUCAUACUACAAGGAAGGAUGGCAACAGAAGAAGAUUUAUUAUUAGUUCAUUCAAAGGACUACAUGGAUGUGAUAAAAAGUACUGCAGUUUGUGAUGUAGCAAACGUAUCGGAAAUAGCGUCGAAAUUUGGUUCAGUUUAUUUGCAUACUGAUAGUUGGUUUAGUGCCAGAGUUGCUGCUGGAUCUCUUUUACAAGUUGUUGAUAAUGUUUUAACCCAUAAAAGUCAAAGUGGUAUUGCUAUAAUUAGACCCCCUGGGCAUCACGCCGAUCAAAACGCUGCAAGUGGAUUCUGUCUCUUUAACAAUACUGCCAUAGCUGCAAAAUAUGCAAUAAAGCAUUACUAUCUCAAAAGAAUCUUAAUUGUGGAUUGGGAUAUCCAUCAUGGCAAUGGAACACAAAAAAUUUUUGAGGAUGAUCCAGCUGUCUUGUAUAUAUCUGUUCACCGAUAUGAUAACGGUAAUUUUUUUCCUAACUCAGGAAGAGGAAACUACUCUGUUGUAGGGGACGGAAUUGGUGAAGGAUAUAACGUUAAUAUUCCAUGGAACGAGAAAGGCAUGGGAGAUGCAGAGUAUAUUGCUGCUUUUCAACAAAUUGUGCUGCCAAUCGCGUAUCAGUUUGAUCCAGAAUUAAUUUUGGUUUCCGCGGGGUUUGAUGCUUGUGCUGGUGACCCUCUAGGAGGCUGUAAUUGUUCUCCAGAAUUAUACGGGCAUUUAACACAUUGGUUGUCAUCAUUAGCCAACGGUCAAAUAAUAUUAAUUCUUGAAGGAGGAUAUAACGUAAAUUCAAUUUCUUUUGCAAUGACAAUGUGCAGUAAGGCACUUCUAGGUGAUCCAUUAGUUGUACUGCCACCUCGUCAAAUUCCGAUUCCUAGUGCUAUUACUUCUAUAAAAAAUGUUUUAAAAUAUCAUAAAAAGUAUUGGAUCAAUUUAAAGUUCUUAGUCUCUUUACCAGAAGGCGACGCAUUAAUAGAUGAAAUGGGAAUACUUGACAAUCAGCUGGAAAAUGUAAAUAUCAGUAAUCAACAUGCAGAUGAUCACGACAUGCAGGAUAUCGUAAUAUUAAAUUCCAGUACAUUGAGUGCGAAAAAUCAAGUUAGAAGUCACGGCGCCUUUAUUAAAGAAGAAAUAUUGAACGAAGAAAAAAGAAGUAAGUCGAAGUAUAAGGGUGAAAAUACUAAUGAGGCCUCUGGUUUUCCUUACAAACAAUUGAGACACACAGAUUUUUACUGCUAUCCCUCUCAUAAAAUACAGGAACUUGCAGAUGACGAUAAGUUUGCAAUUAUACCAAAAAGAAAUUGUCCCCACUUAAAUACGGUAAAUGAUGUACCGAAGAGCGGAAUUGAUGUCCAUUCAUCUUGUGAAAUCUGUGCUAACAUUAGUGAGAACUGGAUUUGUUUACAGUGUUAUUCAGUCUGUUGUGCACGGAAUAUCAAUCAACACGCAUUGAUGCAUGAACAGCAUACACGUCAUCCACUAACGCUAAGCUUCAGUGACUUAUCUGUUUGGUGCUACAGAUGUGAAUCAUAUAUUGACGAUCCUGAUAACUGCAGAGUGCAACCUCGAUGGUACGACAUAUGCUAACGGCAAGCUGCCACCAUGUCGUGUCGACAGAGCCUGAUAGCGUAAUGAACAACAUAUGCUUCCGCAUCUGUCACAAAUCUACCCACAUGGCCUGCCGAUCUAUCCGAAGAGCCUGCCGGCACUGUGCAGUCAGUUUGCCGCAAAAUUGCUAUCUCGGCUGUUACUCUGUAUGGAAGGAUAAAGACAAAGAAUCUGAAGUAU